UAUUUGCACUGAAACGUGCUGUCCCAAAGGCUCAUAUUUCUUUACUUUGCUUGGGUUUCAUCUCCACCUUAGUAAGUUGGUGUCCCAGGCACUUGGCAAAGUGAGAUUUGAAUAACCCUUUCCAAUAAAAAGAGAGAGUUGUCUGAUGAUCAGGGGUUUCAUUUCAGCCGCUGCCUAGGAACAGAAACAGCAGGCAGCGUGAAAGCAGGGGAGUCAAUAUUUCUGAUAAAUAUUUGCCAUGGUGCAAUCAUAGUUUAUUAAUUCAUGUCUUCAUUUCUCAGUUAGAGCUCGCUGUGCCUAUAUUGGUCUCUCUCUCAAAGCCUAUAAUUUACUGUGAUAGUUUCCUCAGCAACAGGCAUAAAAUUCUAUAAAUGCCUUUCAAAGUUGCAGAUGACAAUCCUCAUUUUGAUUCUAAUGGAACUGAAAGCCUUUUUUUAGGUUUUAAAUGAUUUUCAACACUUUUAUGAGAAGCCUUCAAAGUCAGUUUAUGUCUGAAUCAAUAUUGGUGAGGCUUUCAGGCGUUAUUGAUGCGUGAUGUUUUUAGUUUUAGUUAAAAACAGAUCCCAUGUGUACUCCAGUGGAACCAGUAUUCAGAAGGGAAAUUAUAAGUAGACUGAAUGCCAAGAACUAUUUCUUUCUUUCUUUCUCUUUUUUGUACACCAGAGGGGCAGCGCAUUAUCUGAGGCCAUCUGAGUACCUCCCCUGGUGAGGAGUGGUGGUGUGGUCCACGGGGAACUCAUCAUCACUUUAAAACGCACCAGAGACUUGGCACAAAAGAAGCAUUCGCAGGCGAGCACGGGCGCAAAGGGACUGUCUCUUAUUAAAGGGAAACACGUUUUGCACCUUGCGCGUUGUCUAAGACACUGAAGGUCAGAAAAGCGUGUACUCUGAGUUGAAGAAACUUACUUUUGGCUGCACCUGGUGCGACGCCGUUUGACUGGAGCUAAAGUCCAGCGAUGUGGAUGUGGUUAUUACGCACUGACGCUGUGGCAAAACUCGAUGUUUCCCUGUAGAACUGGACUUUAAAAAGCGUUGUUUUUGGUUUUCUUCCGCUUAUUUUUGUCUGAACAGUCACAUGACGCAAACUGUUGCUUGGAGUCCAGGUUCUGUGGUGAGACUGUGUAUCUGUCAAGUGGAGUCGCGCGUCACUUUGCUGAUAAACCGCAAGGAAACAUGAACGUCUCCUUCUUCGACGUGACCCAGGGCGCGCUGUUUAACGGGAGUCAGACCCUCGCUGGGACUCUGGCGACAUACGCUGGCAAUGACACCGACAACGUGGUGACCGGCGACGGCGGAGGGUCCCUGGUGCUGGUGCAAGACGAGCGCAAACUCUUCGUCAUGCGUGUGGUGCAAAUCGCGGUGCUGUGCGUGUUGUCGCUCACCGUCGUGUUCGGUAUAUUUUUCCUCGGGUGCAACCUAAUGAUCAAAUCGGAGAGCAUGAUUAACUUCCUGGUGAAGGAACGGAGACCCUCCAAAGACGUGGAGACGGUCAUGAUUGGGCUCAGCUAGAGCAUGGAAAGUAGGUGCUGUGAAAAACUGGGGCGGAGAUCCGGUAUGAGGAUCUGAUGCCCGUUUCCUACAGCAGGUCAAAAUCUGCAUCUGCAUGUACUUCUUAAAGACGCCCUGUCUGUGUCAUAGUGAGGAAAGAUAUGCAAAAACGUCAUAUUUCCUUCUGAAAAAAAAAACGACUACAGGAAAGUAGUUCAGUGACCAAUGUUUGUGCGUAAAGUUUAUGCGUAAAACACGGGCAAUUGUUUACACAUGGGCAGAUAUCUUGAAUCUUAUGAGUGAAUUAAAUGUUGCCAACUUGAACAAAGUGACGAAAAUGUUUACAAGCUGUUACCUCAUUUUUUUGGUUUUGUUGUUUUAUUUUUGUAAAUUUAAAAUGGUUGUUAGUGAAUGUUUUUAAAACUGUCAAAGAGCAUGAUUGUGAAUUCUUAUAGUUACACGUCUGCCGGUGUACUGGACGUGUUGGAUAUGUGGUAUUCUCUAUACAAAGUAUUUUUCUUGGUCUCGUUUGGUAAUUACACUAUAAAUGAAAUCUUGCACGUUUUUCAACAAACUCCUUCAUAGCUUUAUGGGGUGAUUCUGGACCUGUUUGGCAUGCUCGCUAAUUGAUCUGUUAAGUGAUUUUUGGACCAGUUUUGCACUUUUGAAAUCACUGAUGCUGCAUGAAUUAUUUUGUACCAAAAAACUUGAAAUUGCGGCAUGAAAUUAAAACAUUGAAAUGACCAUAUUAAGCUUUGUCAUCUGUUAAUUACCAUGAUACAUUCAUUUCAGUGUGCAUUAUCAAUAUUUUUUAUAAAAAAAUAUUUUUUUCAGAGAAAUAUUUUCCCCAAAAUAUUGUGUAAGUAUUUUUACUUAGAACUGAAUUAUUACUAUACCGAAUCUCUAAAGAACCACGUAUUAUUUUACUUUUUAAUUUUAAACUCAAAUCACAUCAGACUGAUAUGAUCUUUACUGCACAAGAUGAAGCAUUAAGUGAAAAUAUUAAACACACAAUAGUAGUUGCACUUGUAAUGUAAAUUUGUCCUUUAGUGAGUCUUCUGAAAUAAAGAUUCCAAUCCAGA